CUCAACUUCUGAAAUGUCUCAUAUUUCUGAACGGUGACAAUACUGAAAGAGCUGAACGGACCAUGUUGAAGAAAAAUGUAGAUCCAGUAACUGUAUUGUUUGUUGCUACAGUUGUUUGUUUAAGUCUGUGUUCAAUAUCUUGCAGUCCUGUCUUAAGAAGAAGUAUAUUACAACAAGACCUUGACGAUGUAAGAAACCUUCUUGAAUUGUACAAACAGUCACACCAACCAGAAAGUUUUAGCAAAAGAAAUAGGCGGAAUCCAACGAUAGGACCAGAUUUGGGAUAUGGUAAUCGCUGGCAUGCUGGAUACACUGUAGCACAUUUACAACAACUAAAACAUCAAUUAACUGGGCCUAAUUCUCCAGGAAAAAGAUCUAUGGCAAUUUACAGAUGGAAAGAAUAGACAGAUGUCCAUAUCAUUAAACGAAUUUACAUUUUUA